UAACAAGGAGACUAAUAGUGUGUGACAAGGAUUUCACGAAAUUCGUUUACGGAUUUUUUAAAAAAAUUAUUUCAUCUCUUUAUCCUAGCUCCACUUAUUCGUUUCGAUGGUGCUUUCUCAACGAACUUACGACCUUCAUAUCCCCAUGGAAAAAGUGAGAGGAAUAAAGGCGCAAGGAAGCGCAAAUCAGCCACUCACUUAGCCAUUCCUGUUUUAAAACAAGCUUCACGAUUACCCAACUCAGUAACGUAAAUAUUACGAACACGCAAGAAACACGUGAUAUUCUUCACGUGUUCAGAGCAUGCGCGUGGAGUGUAGUUCUAUGGUCUGUCGAUUGCUGUUUGGAAAUGUAAAAUUACGUAUGAUACUACUAGUGUCAAUGGAAACGACCAGUUGAAAAUUAUUCUCUGGUAUGAGCCCAUAGAGAAAAAUAAAUAUUAUAUAAGCUAUCAGAAUAAAUAUUUUAUAAAAAAUUGUAUCAGAUAUAAUUAGUUGCAUUAGAAGUCAUUGAUUUGAUAUCAAACGCCUAGAACAGUUGAGAAACGAAUUCCGAAAAUAAGACGACAACAACAACAACAAAAACAACAGUUGGUUGGGGCGCUAAAAUACUACAACAAAUCUGCUCCUUUUGCUGGAGAAAACUGUCUGAUAAGUUCUUGCAGGAAAUUUCGUUUGUAAUCUUUAUAGCCUUCACACCUCUAGGAAGCUCCGCCCACAAUUUCCUAUGCUUCAGUGCGGCGCGGGCAGAACUUGUAUAAAUGAAGGCGGUUGCUGGUAGCAGCUAGUAAAAUUAUCUCCACUGGUUUUUGUGUGAUAGGAACGUGACCUCUUCAGAAAGGCAGAGUCCGGGUCACGGCGUAUCAAGCAGCUAUUUGCAGUCUGCGUGAUAGUGCGUCGAACUUUUUGUAGCCUGCGAAGAAAACUUUCUUAUUCCUUCACUCAGGACUCAUUAUGGUUGACGAUGGUUUCUCCGACACGGUGGGUGACCCGGUAACUUCGAAAUGCAUGAUAGUUGUAUCCAACCGGUUACCCUUUGUUCUUAAGAGGAACGAGAAAACCGGUGCAUUGGAACGAAAAGCAAGUGCAGGAGGUUUGGUUACUGCAGUAGCGCCAGUAGUGGUCCAGGGUCAUGGUUUGUGGGUUGGAUGGCCAGGUAUUCAUUUAGAAGAUCCAGAUGAGCCUAUACCAGAAUCCAAUCCAAAUGAUAAAACUCCAACUGCCGGCCUGUUGUCCAAAAAGGUAGUUCCUGUGUGUGUUGAACCAGGCAAGUUUGACUCAUAUUAUAAUGGUUGCUGUAAUGGGACUUUUUGGCCUCUUUUUCACUCGAUGCCAGACAGGGCUGUUUUCCUUGCUGAACAUUGGAAGAAUUAUUACAGUGUGAAUGAACUAUUUGCUGAGAAAACAAUAAAAGGUUUAAAAAGUUUACUAGAGGAGCAGCCAAAUGCAACACCUCUUGUUUGGAUACACGAUUAUCAUCUUAUGUUAGCAGCAAAUUGGGUCAGGCAGAUUGCAGAAGAAUCAAAUUUAAGGUUGAAGCUUGGAUUCUUCCUACACAUACCAUUUCCCCCGUGGGACAUUUUUCGACUGUGUCCGUGGUCUGAUGAAAUUCUGCAAGGUAUACUUGGUAAUGACAUGGUGGGAUUCCACAUUGAGGAUUACUGUCUCAAUUUCAUCGACUGCUGCCAAAGGAGACUGGGUUGCCGUGUAGACCGAAAAGGACUGCUUGUUGAACAUGGUGGCCGCACAGUGCUCGUUAGGCCCUUGCCUAUCGGUAUUCCGUAUGACCGGUUUGUCAAGAUGGCCGAAGUUGCACCUAAAGUAUUACCUACAAACCAGAAAUUUGUUUUGGGAGUAGAUCGUCUUGAUUACACAAAAGGCCUUGUGCACAGGCUGAAAGCAUUUGAGUUACUACUGGAAAAAUAUCCAGUACAUAUUGAGAAGGUUACACUUCUUCAGAUAUCAGUUCCAUCAAGAACAGAUGUGAAAGAAUAUCAAGAUCUAAAAGAAGAGAUGGACCAAAUGGUGGGGCGCAUAAAUGGUCGUUUCACAACUUACAACUGGUCUCCGAUUCGAUACAUUUAUGGCCAAGUGGGGCAAGAUGAGCUGGCUGCCUUCUAUCGAGAUGCUGCUGUCGCUCUUGUUACACCUCUUCGAGAUGGAAUGAACCUUGUCGCCAAGGAGUUUGUUGCUUGUCAGAUUAAUGAGCCUCCAGGAGUUCUAAUAGUUUCACCAUUUGCUGGAGCAGGUGAGAUGAUGCAUGAGGCCCUGAUCUGUAAUCCAUAUGAGGUACACAUGGCUGCUGAAAUAAUUCACAGGGCAUUAACAAUGCCUGAAGAUGAACGGACACUACGAAUGAACUACCUUCGUCGGAGAGAAAAGCUUCAUGAUGUAAACUAUUGGAUGAAAUCAUUUUUCAAGGCCAUGGGCUCACUGAGGGAAGACGGUGAUGAUGGUUUACCCACAACAAUGCAGCCAGUGACUAUGGAUGACUUUGAUGAAUAUUUGUCCAAGUACCUGGGCAACCACCACAAGCUGGCCCUGCUGCUGGAUUAUGACGGAACCCUGGCUCCUAUUGCACCUCACCCAGACUUAGCAAUUCUGCCUCCAGAGACCAAGAGUGUCUUGGAACGAUUAUCAAACAUGCCUGAUGUUUAUGUUGCUAUUAUAUCUGGAAGAAAUGUUGUAAAUGUGAAACAAAUGGUGGGCAUUGAGGGCAUAACAUAUGCUGGUAACCAUGGUCUUGAAAUUUUGCAUCCUGAUGGAAGCAAAUUUGUUCAUCCAAUGCCAAUAGAAUUUGAAGACAAGGUGACUGAUUUGUUAAAAGCACUUCAGGAGCAGGUGUGCAGAGAAGGAGCAUGGGUGGAAAAUAAAGGGGCUCUGUUAACAUUCCACUAUCGCGAGACACCUAUGCACUUGCGGUCUGAAAUGGUUGCACAAGCUCAGACUCUGAUUGAGCAGGCAGGAUUCAAAGCUAGAUCUGCCCACUGCGCAAUCGAAACAAAGCCUCCAGUACAGUGGAACAAAGGACGAGCAUCUCUUUAUAUUCUGCGAACUGCCUUUGGAGUUGAUUGGAGUGAACGAAUCCGUAUAAUUUACGCUGGUGAUGAUGUUACUGAUGAAGAUGCCAUGGAGGCUCUAAAGGGAAUGGCAGCUACUUUCAGGGUGACAUCAUCCCACAUAGUGAAGACUGCUGCCGAACGGCGACUUCCAAACACCGAUUCAGUCCUCACGAUGCUCAAGUGGUUAGAGCGCCACUUGAGUGGGAGAGAGCCUCGACAGGAUGCAAAUGGUGGCCCCUACAGGCGCCCUUCCAAAAGUAAGGGAUCUCGAUUAAGUGUUACAAGUGAAAUGUCAUAUACACCACAUUCCGUGUCACCAGAACCUCAGUCACCAGCAGUCUCUAAUUAGGUGGUCAGUCCAUCUCUGCCUGUCUGUCUGCUAUGUAGGGAAGUUCAUCACUUGUGUAUGUGGCUUUUUUUCUCAAGUUUGAAUAUGGGGUUACCAGUAGCGUAUGUUCCCAUAUUUGUCUAUUUGUCUCUAAUUACGAUUUAUUGAGAAAGACAUAGUUAGAGGAUAGAGAGAUUGUUCCCAGUGUAACAUGUUGUAAGAUAACAAAUGUCUACUACUGUACCUACAGAAGUUUUUAUGCAUUUUGGUGCACAAAUAUGUGACAAUGUGUAAGAGUAUCUGGUAAGAAAUGAUACAAGUGGUUUGCUAAUUGUUUACAAAAAUAUUUUUCAUACAUAAUUCUUCAAACAGUGUGUAUAAAAGGAAAGCAAAAGAUGUCAUGAGAAUGCCUUCUGUGUCUUUUAUUCUUACGGAAUACUUAUUUAGUGUUCUUUUCGUACUUGGAUUCUGUCCUCUGUAUUGUGUUCUUGACGUUGCAACUAAAUGGAAUCAGAUUUGUAGAGAUUUUGCCUGAAUGUUUACAUUUUAUUUUGUGGAAAGAUUUAUCUUUUGUAUUUUACAGAUGAGAUUAAAGCUGUAAUUUGUUGAAUUCAGUGAUAUAUGUUUUUAGGCCGUUUUUGUAUGUAUAUUGGAAAAAGAAUGUUUUUAACAAGAGAUUUAAUGUUAUACAGUGUCUUCCUUUGCAACAACUACUCCAGUCACUGUUUUUGUUGUUUCUUCCUCUUUAUACCCAUAAUCUUGUAUGUUGCAUGUAUGGAAAUUAAGAUUUUCAUUUCUAUGUGUAUUUUGUGUGCUGCUCUUCAUCACUUUCUCAGUGUAAUGCAAUCAGAAAUUUUGUUGUUGCGUUAGAGAGAAAAUACCUGUAAGAUGCCAGCAGUUCAAUUUUAAUCUCAUGUAGAAAGAUUGUUUCAGAUAUUUAAAUUGGAGAUGACAGAGUGAUGUUAGGGCAGAUGUGGGUCAGUAUGUAGCCGCUAAUUUGUCCAAUGUUCAGUGCUUUGCAUUAAGGGCUGACACAUUUGUAAAUAGUCAGAGAAACUAUCUUAAAAAUAUGGUUUCUGUAUUCUAUUUUUUUGUGUUUUUCUUUUUUAGUCUUUGUAUUUCAACAGCCACAUGUGUGAUAUAUUGUCUGUGGUAUGUUAUUAAAAGUAUAAUGUAAUUAUGGAAAGGGAUGUCACAUACAUUGUAAAAUAUGGGACACAUUGAGUUGUUAAGUUUAUCUUUUUUGUAGUAGAAAUAAUUGUUGGAGUAAGAUAUAUGUAAUUAUUUUUAUUCCAACCUUAAAUCAACUUUCAGCUUUAAAAUCUGAAGCUUUAAUAAAUAUCUCAAUAUCAGUAACAGAGAAACUUAUCGAUAAGAAAGUCAUUGAAGCAUCAAAAUGCAUACGCAUUUCCAAUUUGAAACUAAACAGUUUUAUUGUAGUAGAUAUUAUAUGUGACAAAGAUAGUGAGCAGAGGCCAGUAAAGAAGCUUAGUUGUUUAAUUUGUGAUAUUCACAUUCUGUGGUCCAUUGGGUAUCUAUAUAGGACAGAGGUACAUAUUUUUAUAUACAUUGGGUGGUAUUUAAGUGUGCCAAAAGUGACUGUCACCAGUUUCACUUAGUGAGGACCCAGCAUUUCUGUGUCACUGUGGUAAGUGGUGAAAACAAAGAAGUGGAACCAAUGUGUUAUAUUUAUUCAGAUGAAUUUUACAGUAGAAAAUAUCUAAUCAUACUUGUCAUCUUUUAUGGUGUUUCACCCUAAAAUCCAAUAUUUUUUUCCAAUUGCUGUCGUGUCUACCAUUUACCUGAUCAAUGAUUAAUGAUUAAUGCAGAGUUAAAUUGCCACCACUCACAUAACUAUAAAUACGGACUCUACACAAGCCUCCAUUCCUCACAGCCUGAAAUUUUUCUAUUCAAUUUAUGAAUUAAAAUGCCUUUUAUCAAACAGAUAGUGUUACACAGAACUCCGUCAGUCACCCUACACAUGAUAAUUACGACAGCUUGAGGUUUCUGCCUCACGGAGCUGCAGAGAGUAUUAUAUCUAAUAAAUGAUGUGAAGCUGAACUAUGUUGAAGACCAAAAUGGUCUGAAACAGGAAUCCAAUUGUAUCAGCCUGUCAUAAAUUGCAAGUUUAAAAUUACAUAAUAUUCUCAGCUAAGAGUAAUGUGGCCAUUUAGUCAACUGCUCAUUUCUUAUUUUGUUCAUUAUCAUUGAGAAUAUUCCAUGUUUUGAAAAUUAUUUUCAAUUUAAAAUAUUAUACACAUUUUUGGAGUUCUUAUAGCCUCACAGAAUUCUACAUCUCGUUUGCGCCCUAUAACAAAAUGUUUGCACAUUCCGGAACAUCUCACAGAAGUAAAAAUAAAUUGGAUGUUGAAUAAAUUGUUAUUAUGGGUUUCUGAUCACUGCAGAAACUGUCUCAUUUCACCUUUGAGAUGAACAUUCAGCAAGAGUAGGGAUUAAUGAUGUUAACUUCCCAGCAAAUCUCACAUUCUUAGCCUAAAACUGCUAUCAAAAGCUACAAUCUACUGACCACAGUAAGCUCAUCAGAAUAAACACUUGCCUUACACCAGUUUAUUAUGCAAAAACCUAAGAAGUGUGAUUUAAAAUUGUGUCUAUUCGUUGUGAAUUAUGAAUAAUGGCAAGCAUUUUGUGACUGGAGGUUUGUGAAACAUUUGUGCGUAUGGUAUUGGUUUCAUCCAUUAUAUGGCAGUCUUUAGUAUAAAUAUUAGCUCACUAUUUCCUGUUUCUUGAGAGGAAAACAUUGGUCUUCCAAAUGUCUUGCGCUAUUUUCAAGGUUCCUAUUUGGAACUGCUUUUCUGUUCAGAAAGGCAGUCUUGUGUAAGCCUAAGUGAAUCUCCUUUUUUUUUAGUAUACAGAUACUGUAAAAUGUGUGUUUUGAAACUAAUCAAGGGCACCAGUGGCUUUUAUAUAAAUUCAGUGUCUUCUAUUUUUAUGUGUUAAGGAAAUGUUGAUAUAUUUUAGAUGUUUAUCAUUGUAUAAAGUAAUUGUGACUUAGUUGACUCACAGACAUGAGAGUUGUUGCAGUUCCGAAAUGAACUUUUUGUUGUUAAUUUCUUUAAGGUAAUGUUAGAAAUUGUUUCAGACAUUUCAGUAAGAAUUGUUAAAAUGAUAUUUUUGUGAUAAAAUCUGUAUUUUUUUCUUCCAUGUGUGUGAUUUAAUUAGUUGUUCUGCCACAGCCAAAAUAGAUUUUGUUAUUGUCCUGCUGUAACUAUCACUGAGUAACCCAAAGUUAAGACCCUCCAUACAGAUCAGCUUUCCUUAGCAACACUGUUUCAUACAUGUAUGGCUUUUUAUAAAGGCUGUGACACGACAUGAAAUCUAGUAUAAACAUUUAAGUAAAUUGCCCUGCAGACUGGGCGUCCAACACAAGCCAUGGUGCUAUUACUCGUGGAAAGGAAUGAUACAAAAAAAAUGUGAUUUAAUUUGUACACAUUUACUGUAUUUAAAGAUAAAGCUCUUGUUAGUGUAAGUAAUUUUAUUAAAGUUAUAUAUGUUAAGUAAGCUCAGUAUUGAAACAAAGAUUCCCUUUACGUACUUUCUAAAAGUGUUCGUUGAACUUAUUUUUAUGACUGUUAUACAUAUCAAGAAAAUGUGACGCUAAUGUUAAGUGAAUGUUGUAGUUUAAUUUAAAUGUUAACACAAGUAUAUAUGAGACUUGGAAAGUUCAGGAAAAUACUCUGUGCAGUUUUUUGUAUCUGUCAGUGGACAAAAUGAAAAACAAAUACAAAUACUAUAACAUUGAUAUUUUUUUUUAACAA